CACAUCACACCAAAGCCCUAAUUUAACAUUUAACAGAACAAUUCAACACAGUCAAAUUACAAUCAUGACUUGAUCAUGAAUCAUUUAGGCUCUGAGGUGUAUGAUCCAAUGUCCCCACCUGGUGGUCACACCACACAGUUACAUAAAUGCAGAGCAUAUCGGUUACCUUACUUCAUAUAGCAUCCUAUGGCAGACAGACAGGUGGUUCACUGGUGGGAAUAUAGAACCGUGCCCGGAUUGGCUAAUACGAUCUCCCUCUCUAUCGAUGCAUGCUGGUCAUUGUAUUGAUAACCUACUUGCGUAUUCCUUCGCAUCGAGCGUCUUCCCUUUGGCUGGAGAAAUAUUAGGCUACAUUCAUUCAGAGUGUAGCCGUUAUCAUAGUGAAUAAUAGGGGAGGGAGGCAGACAACAUGACCAUCAGAAACGUACGGGAUCAUGGACAGAGGUUCCGACCGAGGAUGGCAUGUCUCAAAAAGGUGGAGUCUGUGAUGCUGGAGAUGCAGGAUCCAAAGACUGGAGUCAAGCUACAACCCCAGAGACUGGUUAUCACUACUAUACCUCACGCUAUCACAGGUGAGGACAUUGUGGCAUGGCUGACCAACUGCUACAGUAUAGAGUCAGAAGAGGCGGGGGCUCUGGGCACCAUGUUGGUGGCAUUUGGGUACAUCUACCCCCUCCAGGAUCAUAAGCGACUAGUCAUCAAACCAGACGCGUCUCUCUACCGCUUUCAGACACCAUACUUCUGGCCAGCCCAGCAGUGGCCUGUAGAGGACACAGACUAUGCAAUAUACCUGGCUAAGAGAAACAUCCGCAAGAAAGGAAUACUGGCGCUGUAUGAACAGGUGCAGUAUAACAGUCUUCACAAGUGGAUGAAUCAUAAGUGGGACUUCAUUGUGAUGCAGGCUAAAGAACAGUACAGGGCGGGGAAGGAGAGGAAAAAGCCGGAUCGCAUGGUGUUUGACUGCCAGGAGAGAGCCUACUGGGUGGUACACAGACCUCCGCCAGGGACCGUCAGUGCAAUGGACUACGGACUUGAACGCAUGGUAGACCCCAACACAGAGGAGAAACAAACUUCAGACUUCUUCAGAAGAAUUAUGAUUUUUACGCAGCAGUCCAUCAUGAGGCCGAGGGUCAAGUCAUCAGUGUCUAUCGGAGCUCUUGUGAAGUACUCUGUCACCUAUAAUAAGCACGACCCUUUCCUAGCCCCCUGUCUCCCUAGCAACCCCUGGGUAACUGAUGAUGUCACCUACUGGUUUCUCAACAUGGCGAAUGUGGGAAUUCCUACUAAGAUGCGUGUGGAGAGGUGGACCUUCAGUUUUGGGGAGCUGCUCUCUGACCCUCGAGGCAGAGAUGACUUCAGACUCUUCCUCAAGAAGGAGUUCAGCGGUGAGAACCUGGCGUUCUGGGAGGCGUGUGAGGAUCUGAAGUGGGGAACAGCCGCUACCAUGAAUGACAAGGCCCAGCAGGUCUACAAGACUUUCCUGACGCGUGGCGCCCCCCGGUGGAUCAACAUUGAUGGGAAGACCAUGGAGGUGACAGUUAAAGGGUUGAAACACCCUCACAGAUACGUACUGGAUGCAGCUCAGACACACAUCUUCAUGCUGAUGAAGAAGGACUCUUUUGGGCGGUACCUGAAGUCUCCAGUGUUUAAGGACACUCAGAAGAGGGCCAUCUGUCCUGACCAACACAUGUUCAGUGUGCCCCAGUUGGAGGCCAAUGCGAGGAAGCGUCGACCCAGCAUCAGUCCCAUCAUCGUCCGCCAGCUGGAGCAGGAGGAGAGAGCCAGGAUGGCCACCAGUGGCCCUGUGGACAUCACACAGGUCAUGAGCAAACUCAGCAACAAGGGCAAGGAGGUGCCCCCGUCCAAGAAAUAGACCAUAGACACACUCACAUGCAUAGACAUGAAUACACACACUUCUAUAAGCACACACACACACACACACACACACACACACACACACACACACACACACACACACACACACACACACACACACACACACACACACACACACACACACACACACACACACACACACACACACCAGCUGAAAGCUAAGCAAUGUAGUUGCUACCUUUUACAUAUAGUUUGGAGUACAGCAAAGUUGACAAAUAGUGAGCAUUUGAAAUAAAAUGUACUAUUUUGAAUUUGUAUGCUGUAUGCUGCCAUGGCCAGUGUACCAUACAUGCUUCAGACAAAACAGCUGGAAGAGCAGUUAUGUCUAUCAGUCUGACUGUCAUUAGAAUGCAAUACUACCACAGACACAAAGGUUUAAAACCAUUGAAUGUUUCAAGUUAUUAAGUGUUUUAGUCCUGAUGGUAUGCCUCACUCACUGAGCAGUAUCACCUGUCUCACCUGUAUCUCAUUUUCUCUCACCUGUCAUCAGCAUGUUCUACCUAUAGGGACACAUCUGUGUCGUUCCACCAAUAGAGUGCCUUUUAUAUCCCUCAUACAUUAUGUGUGUACAUUGUGAUAAAACAUUCCAUUUAACAGUUGGAUCACAUACAUCUACGUUCUGACUUACACGACAUGACCUAAAGUGGCCUGAAUCGCAGUCUGCGUUCCAAUUCAUCCCAAAGGUGUUCGGUGGGGUUGAGGUCAGGGCUCUGUGCAGGCCAGUCAAGUUCUUCCACACCGAUCUCAACAAACCAUUUCUGUUUGGACCUCACUUUGUGCACCAGGGCAUUGUCAUGCUGAAACAGGAAAGGGCCUUCCCCAAACUGUUGCCACAAAGUUGGAAGCACAGAAUUAUCUAGAAUGUCAUUGUAUUCUGUAGCAUUACGAUUUAUCUUCACUGCAACUAUGGGGCCUAGCCUGAACCAUGAAAAACAGCCCCAGACCAUUAUUCCUCAUCCACCAAACUGUACAGUUUGCACUAUGCAUUGGCGCAGAUAGUGUUCUCCUGGCAUCCGCCAAACCCAAAUUAGUU